AAGGCUACAGCCAUGCCGAACUCCUGUCACUCCCUUCUCCAACUCGUACUCACAAACCUCGUACUCUUCCUUUUCGUUGCAGCCCAACAACCUCAAGACGCGCCCAUCGCUCGCUUCCAGCGCUACCUCCGCAUCAACACCGCCCACCCUCGCCCCGACUACUCCUCCGCCAUUUCCUUUCUCGAAUCCCAAGCCCUCUCCAUCACUCUUCAAGUCAAGACCCUUGAAUUCUCCCCCGGAAAGCCCGUCCUCCUCUUGACCUGGCCCGGCUCCAAUCCCUCCCUCCCUUCCCUCCUCUUUAACUCCCACCUCGACUCCGUCCCCGCCGAGUCCUCCAAGUGGACCCACCCGCCAUUCUCCGCCGUCCGAUCCCCCGAUGGCAAGAUAUUCGCCCGCGGCGCCCAGGACGAUAAAUGCAUCGGCGUCCAGUACCUCGAGGCUAUCCGGAACCUUAAAGAAAAGAACUUCGCGCCGGUCCGCACCGUCCACGUGUCCUACGUCCCCGAUGAGGAGAUUGGCGGGGUCGACGGGAUCUUUAAGUUCGUUGCAUCAGAGGAGUUCAGGAAAUUGAACGUGGGGUUCGCGAUGGACGAGGGUCAGGCCUCCCCAGGCGACGAUUUCAGGGUUUUCUACGCGGACAGGUCGCCGUGGAACUUGAUAAUCAAGGCUAAGGGGAUGCCCGGGCACGGUUCCAGAAUGUACGAUAAUAGUGCAAUGGAGAACUUGAUGAAGAGCGUUGAGAUUAUCUCUAGGUUUAGGGAGAGUCAGUUCGAUGUGGUUAAGGCCGGGGAAGCCCCCAAUUCGGAAGUUAUUUCGGUUAAUCCUGUUUAUGUGAAAGCUGGGAUUCCUUCCCCCAGUGGAUUCGUGAUGAACAUGCAGCCUUCGGAGGCGGAAGCGGGGUUCAAUAUCAGAUUGCCGCCUACUGCGGACCCGGAGCUUGUGAGGAGAAGAAUUGCUGAAGAAUGGGCACCGGCUAGGCGGAAUAUGACUUACCAGAUAAUUGAGCUGGGACCCCUAAGAGACUACAUGGGGCGCCCUUUGAUGACACCAACCAAUGAUUCCAAUCCAUGGUGGCCUAUUUUCAAGCAAGCUAUCACUGCAGUAGGAGGAAAACUUGCAAAGCCUGAAAUCUUGGCCUCAACUACUGAUGCACGAUACAUAAGACAGUUGGGAAUUCCUGUACUUGGUUUCUCCCCUAUGAAAAAUACUCCCAUCUUACUGCAUGAACACAAUGAGUUCCUGGAAGACACUGUAUAUUUGAAAGGAAUAGAGGUAUAUGAAUCGAUAAUCAGAUCUUUGAGUUCCUUUGAAGAAUCAUCAUCUUAUUAGAGCACUCAGGGCGUGUUUAAAGGGGAGGAUGGUGUUCAUAAUUCAUACCUUUAACUUGACACGUGACAAUGUUAUGCUGGUACGAAUUGUGAUGUUGUUGUUGUAACUUUAUCUUUGGCCGUACAGUGUUUAUCCUUCAAUAAUAUUUGCUCCCGAACCAAUUUUUAUGGGAA